AAUCCUAGCCGAACGACCUCACAUAACCACUUCCGGAUUCUGGAAUCACCGCAACGUUUGACGACGAGCUUCGCAGAAUACCGGCAUCAUGUCUACCCGAAGGCCCCAAUUCUCCCAGCAGGUGCUCAUCGACACCACUCCGUUGCCCGCCGAUAUUCCCGCCGUUAAGGAGGUCGGUGCCAGUUCUGCUCCUCUCCUCUCGGCCUCCUUUUUCAUCGGUGCUCGAUGCCGCGACUACAAUGAUGAUUAUAUGCAAUGCAAGAACGAGAACCCUGGCCGAGGAGAGCUUGAGUGCUUGAAGGAGGGCCGACGAGUUACCCGAUGUGCCUCCAGCGUUAUUAAGGACAUCAACACCCACUGCCUGGCUGAGUUCCGCAAGCACUGGGAGUGCCUCGACGACCGAAAUCACCAGUUGUGGCAGUGCCGUCCUGCUGAGUGGAAGCUCAACAAGUGCGUCUACGACAAUCUGAAACUCGAGAAGAAGAUCCCCGAUCAGCCAACGAACUCUACCCCUGUUCACCUUCGACCAAAGCAGAUCUUUGCCGAUGUACGCAUCGGGCCUGGAGACGGCAAGCCAUUCGUUCCGGGGCAGGAGGAUGCGCAACAAUAAAGCGCUGGAAUUUAUUAAGAUCGAGGCUCGGUCAUGUAUAUUUGUCGAUGAAUCAAAGAGAGAACUACCAGCUAUCAAAUCAAAAUCCGUUUGCUC